AUGCAAGUAGAGAUCGAAAUCAAGCACCAUAGCCACAACAAACAUCCUUUGGUGGCUGUUUGCCGAGAUACUUUGUCUCUAUGUGAUGUGUGCGGCGAAAAUCACGAGGGAGGUUUUUUCUUGUGCAGAUAUUGCAAUUUCUGGAUCCAUCGAGACUGCACAUUGUUGCCGAGCAUUGCCAAACAUCCUUCUCAUGAUCACCAUUUAGUACUCACGUACGCCCUUUCUACAGACUUCUACAAAGCAUACGUUCUACGAUGUCGCGUGUGCGGAGGAAGUUUACGCGGCAAGGGGCUUUAUGCUUGUGCCAUAGAUCGUGAUUUCAUUGCUCAUAUGAAGUGUGUCGUCCAACAUGGGGAAUUUCACUCUCGUGGAGUUGCUUAUCCAUUUACCGCAUCGUGA